AUGGAACUCAGUCAGGAUGAUUUGCAAAAGUUUAUUUCCAAAGAACUUUCACCACCAUCUAUAAUGCCGAGGGGAAACGUUGGAACCCCAAAUCAGCACUUUCUUGACUUAAUUAAAGAAUGUAAAUUACCACCAAGUAUAAUCAGAAAGCUAGGACUUCAUUUUCCUAGGGGAAGAGUAUUUAAGAAGUACAGCAACGUCCCGUUUGAUUAUGGGACAUUUAAAAGUAAGAAAGCCAUCGGAGAAGAGGACGAUGAGGACGAUAUAACAGAUGCGAAAGGACGAGUCCUUUCUUCCAUUGGGGGUGAAGACCAAGGUAGAAAUCACCAAGAAGGAGAAGAGAAGGAGUCUGAUCAGGAAAGCAAUGCGGAUGAUGAUGAUGACGGGUGUGAAGAAUGGGAGAGACAUGAAGCAUUAAAUGACCAUAGAACAUCUCACGGAACCAUGUUUGACGAAGAUAAACAGCGGUUGUAUGAGGAGAAAAUAGAGUUGAAAUGGGAAAAAGGUGGUUCGGGACUUGUAUUUUAUACGGAUGCACAAUUUUGGGAGGCCCAAGAGGAGGACCAUGAUGAUUGGGAUGUGGAUAUGGAGGGUUAUUACGUUGAAGGUGGUGGAGAUCAAGAUGCUAAGGAUUUUAUGGAAAUGAGGAGAUCUGAAAGAUUCCAACAGGGCCUUGAAGACGUUUCAGUAUUUGCUCCGAAAUUUCCGAAGGUUGUACGCCCUUCUUCUCCCUCAGGCCCAUCUACUUCUGAAAAAGAAAAAAUUGGCGCCUUCGAAAAGCAUACAAGGGGAAUUGGUCGGAAAAUUAUGGAAAAGGCUGGAUGGGUGGAUGGUCAAGGACUGGGAACAACAAUUAUUGGCAUGACAGAAGCCCUUGGCAAUGAUGGUCUUGGACCAUCUGACAGAAGGGGACUUGGAUUUUAUGGAGAAACGUUAGAAUUUUCUACACGAACACAGAGGAACAAGAGGAAGGAAUUCAGCCAUUAUUUCUUAAAUCCAGAUGUCCCAGAGCGAAUAGUUAUUGGUACAAUUUACGAUAAGCCGGAGGAUUUAGAUAUAAACGAACCAUUAAAACGUCGCAACGCCACAACGUUUAUUAAGAGAUACAAGUUUGUUAAAGGCUUGGACAAUGAAAAGUAA